UUGGGAUGACUUUCCGUCAUGUCGACUACGAAGCCUGAUCACAGGAGACGCGGGGCGGUAAUUUCACAAGAUAACGAAGACAAAGAUAUUUAUGAUGAUUUGGAAGAUGACGAGAACGAUGAGCUUAAAGAAGAACCUGGAUGCGAUGAAUGGAGAAAAGAUAAAGUUGUACACGAUUUUGCAUCUGAAGUUAGCGAGAGUUCAAUUUUCAAUGGCGCCAUAAUGCUCACAAUUCUUAUCAACUCUGUUAUUAUGAUGUUAGAGGUCAACGAUAGUUAUGAAUCUCUCCGACCGCUAUAUCCCGCCUUCGAUAUCACGUUUUUGACCAUUUAUUCCGUGGAAUUUGCAAUAAAAAUUUAUGCAGAACCGGUUAACUACUGGAAAUCGCUGUCGAAUAGGUUCGACUUUUUCGUUCUUCUGAUCUCUUACUUCCAGGUAUUAAUGGAUGAAAUACAAAUUGAAACUGCGGGUGAUACUGCUAGUUGGGCUGGCGCGUUACCGGUAUUACGCACUCUGAAAGCAACAAGAGCUAUAAGAGCCAUGCGAGCUGUUUCUUUUGUCCGUGGAUUGCAGGUUUUGCUAACCGCCCUCAUCGACACUAUGAAAAAGUCAUUUAUCAACGUGAUGCUCAUUUUAUUAUUUCUGAUGUUCUUGUUUGCAAUAUUUGGCUAUUACAUGUUUGGAUACAAAGGCGGCGACGAGGCUAAUUGGGGAGAUCUUGGCUCAGCUUUUCUCACUCUUUUCAGCUUUGUCACGGUGGACGGUUGGUUCGACGCUCAACUACAGAUGGACGAAAAAACUACCGAAUAUUCGAGAAUCUACACAAUUUUAUUCAUCGUAGUCGGCCAUUUUCUAAUAUUCAAUAUUUUCGUUGGUGUUAACAUAAUGAACAUUCAGGAGGCGAACGAAAGUUACCAUGAACAGGUAAUUGCCGAAAAGGAAGCGAUCCUCGCACGAAAGAAGGAAGCUAUUCUUCAUAGGCAACAUGAAGAUGUUAGAAAAUUGAAAGAAAAACAAAUCGAAAAAGAUUGUGGCAAUUUUUACGACAUGGUAAAAUCUUUUCAAGAAACGUUAAGAAGUGAUGAUUACACAAUUAUGGAGGAUACAGUUUCUGAUCCAUCCUGGCUUGAGUUAUAUCUUGAAACACUGGACCAUAUGGACAUAACUGCUUACAGGCUGCAGAACUUACACUACGAAAUGGCUCACAUUCUGUCGCAACUUAUGAGCAGAGAAAUAUCAAAAAGAUUAGGCGAAUAAGUCGAAUUUACUCUUGCUUCACAGUCAUCAAUUCAAAAUAAAAUGAAUUUGUA